CUUAGAUGAUUUAGACCUCUUUCUAAGCUACUGUCAACGAAAAACGAUAAGCAUGAGGUGCAUUCUAUCGCUGCUGUCUGCCUUUAGUGUGGCGCUUGUUGUUGUUGUGGCCAUUCCGGCGAACUUCCAUUACGGUGGUGGCGGUGGUUACAAUAUCAAUGGCACGGGACAGAGCUUUAACUUCUCCGGCGACAGCAACGGUACAUCCUCUCUGCCCGAUUUUAGCCAAUUUCUACCAAACCUGACGCAGCCUUCGAAUGGAUUUGGAUUCCCGCAGUUUGACAUUUCAUCAGCGUGGACCAACUUUACCAACGACAUUUCGUCCAUCUUUCCGGGGAUUGGUGGAGGUUUCCCAUUCUUCGGUAACGGACUGGGCGGUUUAUUUGGCUAAUGCGAAUUGAGACGCAUGGGUUUGUAGUGAAGCAAAAGCAAUAAAAAUGAUUUAGAAGCAAUAGAAGAAUCAUA